AGUGGAAAUUUGGUGAUCUGUGAAAUUCCGGAUGAUCUCAAGAAAGAGCUUCGAGCGUUUAGAUUCUCAAAAAGUACCUCGCUCAAUGUGCUUAUUCUGAAAGUCAACCGUGAGUCACAGCAAAUGAUAUUGGAGGAAACGAUGGAGGAUUGCUCUAUCGACGAUGUGCGUGAAGAGCUACCGCAACAGCAGCCGCGCUUUCUACUCAUCAGCUACGCUCUGAGUCACUCAGAUGGCCGGACAUCCUAUCCAAUGUGCUUGGUAUUCUAUAGUCCUGAC